CAAUUUAUUAUGACCUGUGCACAUGUAUAUCAGCUUACCGUAGAUUUGAUUUAUGUAAAUAACUGCUGACUUUUGGAGACAUGCUGUGCAGCUCACGAUCAUAAUAGACCAUGGCUUUAUCAAAAGAACAGGAAAAUUACUGCAAAAUUGCAUUCUUAAAUGUGGAUGUAGUAACCGAAGCUCUCAGAACUCUGCUUGACUAUCAUCUAGCUGAGUUUGGAUGUACUCUUGAGAUGCUGUUAAAUUUAAAUAAACACAAGCUGUUUCAUUUAUAUGUAAAUAAGAAGUGUCAAAACAAUUUGUGUAAGCAUCCGAUUCCCGAUAAAAGAGUAUUAAGCAAACAUCAGUUAUCCAAAUUAUUCAAUACUUUAGCAACUACCUCACCUUUUAAGGACUUUGUAAAUUUUACACACUGUUUAGCUAUCAAAGGCCUGAGUACUGCAGAUUUAGACGUUUCUAUGCUGCGAGUUCUUCUCUCCGUGUGUUGCAUAAAUUUAUUUUGGAAGUCAAGUUUAGCACAGGAAGGAAAAUCACUUAAAGACUUUUUGAAUGAACAUAAGCACGACCUUUACCAUUUGUGGCAAUCAAGGACUACAUGUUGUAAAUGCAACCAGUACUAUAAGACUCCUUCAGAUUUCUGUGUUUUAAAAAAGAUGCAGUUUGAAAUACUUUUUUCAGAAAAAGUGGUUCCUUCCUGUAAGCCGGGCACAUCCUGUAUUUUGUGUUCUUGUUCAGUGUCCCCAACUUUAGCAGAAAGUGAUAUCGAAGAUCAAAUUGCUAUUGUUGUACAGGAUUAUUUUUGUCCACUGAAAAAAAUUGUAAUUAAACUAGUCGAUUGCAGAAAUAAUUGCUAUGCACAUGUCAAUGAGGCAAAAUUUACUGAUGCAAUUUACAACGACAUGUGGACCAAUGUAACAACUGCUAUUGAACAGUUGUCUAUUUAUACAAAUAGCAAAGAUGCAAUAAAGCAGAAGAUAACUGAAGUAGAAAGUUUACUUUUAAAUAAGAGUGUAUACGGAGAAUAUAAGCAGAUAAUUCUUAACCAAAUAGAAGCAGACAAGGAGAUUAGAGAAACUGUAACAACGGAGUCGAUGAAAAUAACUGACCGUUUAGAUGAACUGGAAGAUAAUAUUAUUUGUGCUAUACAAAAGGAUAGAAUGGACAAAAGUAUAGAAGAUCCAAAAAAGGCAAAUAGAGAAUAUGCAGCAUGCCAGCCUUGUAGUUGCCAUAAAAAACAUUCACAAGCAGAGUUUGGUUGUAUUACCUGUGUGGAAGUUUACUGCAAGCAAUGCAGCGUUAGUCAUUCAACCCAUAAAGCCUUCAAGAAGCAUAGACUCAUCGGAAUUGAAGAGUACAAAAGGCUAAAUGAGUCUGGUCAAAAAUACGACAAGGUUUGUAAUCUUCAUAACCAGGAUCUUAUCAGUUACUGCAAUUUACAUAAUUCACCUGUAUGUGUACGAUGCAUUCAACUUAAUCACAGUAAGUGUCCAUCUCUUGUGAAUAUUGUGGAUAUAGCAUCACAAUUGCGUCCAACACAUUCUGAUGUAUUGGAUAACGAUUUUGAGGAAAUAGACAGCACAUUAAAGACCUUAAGACAAUAUACAUUGGCAAACUUGGCAGAUCUGGACGAAACAAGUGAAGAAAAAAACAAAUUAGUGACAGAUUAUAAAAGGGAAAUUGAACUUGAAUUUCAUGUAUACAUGGACAACAUUGAUAAAGCCACAAGAGGUAGUAUAACAGAAAAUAUUUCCGAAUGCAAAUCCAAACUAAUAAUGUCAUUAAAAGAGAUUGAUUGUAGAAGGGAAGCAUUUGAAAAAUUGAAGGAACAAUGGAAACUGCAAAAGUACAUUGCAACUGACGAGGAAUCAUUUUUUGCAAUUAGAGAUAUAAAAGAACUACUACGAGACUUAGACACUAAAGUACAAUAUUUGAUAGAUACGUAUCUGGAUACAAGCAUUGAAUUUAUACCAAAUGAGAGCUUUCGUGAAGCAAUGAAGGCCUUACGACCAAAUUUUGGUCAAAUAGAAAUGGUCCGAAAGUCUUCAAUCUCGAUUAGUAAAUUAUCAAUGAGAAGCGCAAUAUUCAAAAAAGCUCAAAUUCAAGUUUCAGGGAUGUCGAAAGCAAAAACACUUGAAAUAGAACUUACAAACAAAUUCAUUAUUCCAACAACGAAGUCCAAAGGUAAUAUGCUGAAUUGUACAACAAUGUCAGGAAAGUACCUAGUAGUCGCUGACGAAAACAACAGAAAAUUACUUAUUUUCAACACCGAAAAUACGACUUCUUCUGAAUUUCUUACCAAUCAUAAACCUUUUGAUGUGGUUGGAAUGGAUGAUGAUAUUGUUGUGUCGUACGGUGACCGAAACUAUAUUGAAAUUAUACGGUUAUCUUCAAAACAUAUUCAGAAACGAGAUUUAGGAAACAGUUGUUUAGGUUUAUCCGUUUGCGACAGAAAUGUAUUUGUGAUUACUUAUCCGAAAGGUAUCACUGUUUUAAAUUAUCAGGGCGAAGUUUUGCGAGAAAUACUGAUGGAUGUUGAAGGUGUUUACUUUUUAUCCGUCCAUAGUGAACGUCUCUUGUAUUCAAGUUGGAAAUUAGGUGAAGGUAUUCUUUUCUGCUCGAACAUGAGUGGUCAACAAAUCUGGCAAUUAAAAUUGCGAUCUCCGCAUGGCGUAUCAUUUGACAGAUACGGAAAUAUUUUUGUUGCAGAUAAUGAUUCAAACGAAGUUUACGUAAUCUCGUCCGAUGGAAAAAACAUAAGAACAAUUCUUUCUGCUUCAGACGGUAUUGAGAGCCCGACAAGUAUAUUUUGUGACCAUACUCGACGACAGUUGUAUGUUGGAGUAGAUAGAAGAAAGGAACACGGUAUCUUAGCUUUUAGCAUGAAAUAAGCACAGACUGAAGUCAUUGAUUUGAUAAGUAAAAUUUUAUCCAUUUGAUAAGUAAAAUUGUUGUUUCUCCUUUCAAUUACUUAAUAAUUUUGAAAUGGUUGACUCUGCGACAUUUUUGUCUACCUAAAUGCAACCUUAUUAUUUAAAGAUCUACUAAUCUUUUUAAAAACGCGAUUUGAUUUUCAUUUUCAUUUAAAAAUAUUAGAGGGGACCAAUGUCAAAGACAUAUGCAAAAAUCAUACGUCGAAAACAAAUUGACAACGACAAAAAACCAAAAGACCACCAAAAGACAAACAACGGUAUACAUAACACAACAUAAAAAACUAAAUACUGAGCAACACAAGCCCCAAACAAAAACUGAUGGGAUCUCAGGUGCACUUAAAGAUUAAGUAGAUCCUGCUUCAAAUGUUAGUCAUGUAAGUACAAACUCGGUGAAAAGCGUAAUUCGGUAAUGUUAAAUUCGAGAAAGAAAGGAAAUCACAAUAAGAAAUGCAAGCUCUGGAAUAUCGUAUAAAUAAGAGCAACAGUAGUAUACCGCUGUUCAGAAGUCAUAAAUCGAUUAAGAGAAAUCAUAUCAGGGUUAAAAACUAAAACCGAGGGAAACACAUCAACUAUAAGACUAUAGAUAUAUAAUCUAUAUGCAGACUCUGCCGAAAUGUUGCUACAUUAAAACGAAAAUUUAACUAUUUGCAAGCUGAAAUCAUCUGUUUCCUCGUAAAUUUUUGUUCUCAAUCGACUUUCAUUGUCGAUUUCCUGAUGUAAGUCAUCAUAUGAGGCAGACUUCACUGUUGUAUCCUUAUUUCAAGUUCGAUUAGAUAGAUGAGUUCAACAUUGUUACCAGUCUUUGAAUUAUUUAGUGACAGGAAAUCAUCUUUAUACCGAAACGUGAGGUUAAUAGAUAGUGCAAUCUUUUCUUUACCUCUUGUGAAUCAAUAACUCGGAAGCCCGGUGCUGAUUGCUGAUAAAAUUGUUGUUCAAAGUUUAGAAAGAGUUGUUUUUUUUAAAGUAGGAUUUGUCCCUCCCAAACACACAACCUUUUGUAUCAACGUUGGUCAUUUAUUUUUAUCAAAUAAGGUUGGACCACUUUUUUCCAUUUGUCCACAAUUAGAAUGUGGAAAUCUUGUGUAAAAAGAAUAGAAAAACUAAAAUGAUUUAUACUAUUCCUGGAGAAUAGAGACUAAGAUCGUAUGUACACUAACAGAUCUAUGGAAUAUUUUAAGUAAACACAUCUCAUUCACAACACCUCUAGAGUAUGUAUUUGCGCAAUUACUAUAAAGCCUUGCUCUGAAUGCUGAUAAAUUGAUGUUAAUAGUUUAGAAAGAGGUUUCGUUGAACACUUGAAAGACUCAGCAAUUUUAUCUUGCUUGAAAGGACACUUAUGUUACUUAUGUAUCCAAUAAAGUAAAAGAAGAUACAGUUAUUUGUAUUUUGGUUGAAAUUCAAAAGGAACAUAGAACAGACAUCUCAUUUUUCAAGAUUUCCUCGUGGUUGUAAAAGUAUAUGCUUAAUUUUAAUCUGAAUUAUCAGUGACUUAUUCCUUUAUGAAGCAGUCGAUAACUUCGAAAUGAAGUUAUCAAUCAAAUUAGAAAGGCAAAGGAUGACUUUAAGUGCAAGCUGACAUCACAACUUGUUGCUAAAAAUAUUUCUCCUGGUAAAGAAUGUCGCAUUGUCAAAUCAGUGUCCAAUUGUCAUAAAAAACAGAUAUUCACUCACAUUUUUAGAAAAUGAUGGUCAAUUUGUUAUUGAUCCAUUGGGCACAUCAGAGAUGUUGAACAAUCAUUUUGCCAAUAUAGUUAAUACUAAUACGAAACCAGACAUUCCUGAUAAUGACGAGCCUCUUCCAUGCCAUUUAAACAACUUUCUCAAGUCCAGUUAAACAUUUUGAACAUAAUCAAACCAGUUGACUUGAUAGUAUCAGUCCUAGCGUUUUAAAACAGGUUCCUAGCUCUAUUUCUAAAUCAUUAUAUAUAAUAUAUAAUAUGUCGCUCUCAGUUAAACAAAUUCCAUUGUGAUCGAAAAUUUUACAUGUUAAUCCUAAAAUCAAAGAAAAAGGUAGUCCACGUUUAUCUCUUAACUAUUUAUAUUUCUGUAAUUUGUACUGUUAGUAAGAUUAUUGAAAAAAUUGCUUUAACACUUGUAUAAUUAUAUUAAGAGGAUAAUAUAUGUUGAGGAUAAACAACAUUUCUUUUUUUUAUUUUCCCUGAUGUAAGACAGAUUUUACUUUAUUUACUCAAUAUUGAUAACAAUAUUAACACAAAUAUUUACUUAUUACUUUUUGGAAAUAGAGUAUUUUCGAAUGAUAUAUGUAUUUUGAAGUCGGUUGAGAAAUGUUUCAGUAAAAUUCAUCGUUUUGUUUGAAAAAUAUUUUUUAUGUUGGGGGGUUUAUAACACUAUUUCAUUUAUUCCACUAAGUAUACUUAGUGACUUUCACAAACCUAAUUGCUUAAAUAUAUUUCUAAUGACCUUGAUACAUUAUAAAUCAGAAGAUGUCGUAUGAGUGCCGAUGAGACAACUCUCUAUACAAGUCAAAGCGUAAAAAAGUUACCAUUAUAGGUCAAAGUACGGCCUUCAACACAGAUCCUUCGCUCACACCGAACAGCAAGCUAUAAAUGGCCCCAAAAUGACUAGUGUAAAACAAUUCAAACAGGAAAACCAACGGUCUUAUCUUUAUAAAAAACGAGAUACGAGAAACACCUAUGAACCACGCCAACAAACCACAACCACUGAACAACAGGCUCCUGACUUAGGAUAGAUGCAUUUGCACCGGUUUUAAGCUAUUUUGAUGACCCCCAACCCCUCCCCCUAACCUGGGUCAGUGGUGUAACGACACAAUCAAAGAACAAACUAUGCAAAACUAUGAACGGAAAACAAAUAUGAGAAACAGCAAAAACGAAAACCACUCAAUUACAAGCUCCUGACUUGGGACAGGCACAUAUUAAAUGUUGCGGGGUUACAUGCAUAAGUACCUGCAUGUCUCGGGGUACGUAAAUAACUGAUGAUUAAUUUUCAACACACUUACGUAUCCUAUAAGCUUUUUUUUUCUUUUUGAAUAAAGUAUUAUUAAAUUAAAAUACAUUGUAAAUA